CACAACGACGAAACUAUUCAUAUUCAUUCAUAUCUUUAUUAUAUGUGAUUAUGAAUCGUCACGGUAUAAUUUAGAGUUUAUAUGAGAGCUAUUCUGUUCAAAUAUGCUGGUGUCUUUCAAGACUUUGCUUUUUGCCAUAACGGCUAUCUCUUUUUGCACAUUCAUUGCACUUUUUGGACGGCUCCCCGCAUUUAGAGAUACCCCAAUCGGCUCACUUCAUCGUUUGCUAUUGAUCCAUAUUCCAUCUUUUCUGCGCUCCGUUGACUAUCGUUUCUGUGGGGGCCAUGUAUCACCUGCCCUGGCCCGCUUGGGCAAUUACUUGAUGCAUGAUAAGCAUCCACUGGUGUUGAUCAUGUUUAUUGGGCUUUUGGUGGUAUCUGAAUGCAUGUUCAUUCCGAAAGCUUGGCCUAGGUUAGGCUCAGGGCAUCGCCUGCUGGUGCCCCUCGUGGCUACGCCCCCUUACAUCUAUAUAUAUCUCGCAGCAACAUCAAAUGCGUCUCGCAUUACUGCGAGCAAUCAUGCUGCGCAGAUGCGCGCUUAUCCUUAUGAUCAUGUCCUCUACAAGCCAGGCAUUCAAUGUCGUACCUGCAAGCUGCUUAAGCCGGCCCGCAGCAAGCAUUGCAGCAUCUGCAAAGCCUGUGUGGCUAAACAUGAUCAUCACUGCAUCUGGGUGAACAAUUGCCUUGGCAGAGACAAUUACGUUCAUUUUAUCUACCUCCUCAUCAGUGUCACCGUUUUACUCUGUUACGGCGCGUAUCUUGGAUAUGCACUCCUUUCCCAGCGAUUGAAAACUGAAAUAUCUCGACCAUCUGGUCAACACUGGAGCACUGGGAUGGCUUGGAGCCUGUACUUUCAAUACUGGAGCUGGGCUCUCUCUCAGGAAAUACGCAUAGGAGCUGUGGGACUUUUGGCUUUCAUGUGUAUGCCGCUGUCUGGAGGAUUCCUUAUAUAUCACAUUUAUUUGAUCUGGGCUGGAAUGACAACGAACGAAAGCAGCAAAUGGGCUGACUGGAGAGAGGCCAUUUAUGACGGUCUCGUGCUCAAAGCAAGUAAGACGCAGUCAGGACAAAGUCGAAGCAAUGAGGCAGUCGAAUCAGAGGUGAAGUGGCCGGUCUCGAGUGACCAGCUGCUGAUCCAUCGUUCGGUGCUGGAAGUGCAGGAUGAGGGUGAGGGAACUGGAGAUAAGUGGAAACCUAUAUAUAGUCUGGCAGAGGUGGAGAACAUCUAUGACUUGGGAUUCUGGGAUAAUCUCCAUGAUGUCUUUUGGAAUAGAAGAUAAACAAUUAACGUAGCUUUAUGACCGAGCUUAGCGCCGUA